AGGCUCGGCAGCUACACAGGAGAGCCGCUGAUAUCCACAGGCUCUGGUGCCAAAGUGAACCAACUGGCUGCGGGGAUCAAGAACCGCCUGAAGCCUUCCACGGUGGUACUAGCAGCUGGCCAUCAACGGAUCUACAUCGCUGUCAAGGCGGCCAUCCAAGCAGGGCGCUUCCUCCGCGAGGACAAGGGCGCCACUGGGGAUGAGCUGAAGGUGCCGGCGGUGGCGAUCGUCCCGCGCAUGGAAGAGUUCGCCCCGAGGUUCUCGGAGAAAGGCGAGUUGGACCGUGCCCGUGUGGGCAUGAGGCUUGAAUGCGUGGAUAUCACGGAGACGUUGACGAAGCCUGUGAUGGAGGGAGCGGAGCCUGGGGAGGAGCUUCCGCCGCCUUGGGAGGUCGAGUGAGAAAA